UGUUUUUAUUUUUUAGAAAUUCUAAAAGGUAAUCUAACAUAACCUACCCUAACUCAACCCAGCCUCCUUCUAUUUUAAUUCUAAGGUCAUUACUCAUUACAUUUUGAGUUUUUUACAGUGUGGAAUGUAUACAUUCCGAUUAGGAAUUGCCAGUAUGCUUCUUUCUGAGUCGCUUGUUUCCGGCUUCACAACCGGAGCUGCUGUGCAAGUUAUGACAUCUCAAAUUAAAGACCUUUUUGGUUUGAGUAUCGAGAAAAUGAGCGGGAAAUUUGAAGUUAUAUAUACAUAUUUGAAUAUAUUUCAAAACAUCACAACUACCAAUGUUACUGCCCUUUUAAUAUCGACUAUAACCAUUUUUAUUUUGACUCUUAACAACGAAAUAAUUAAGCCCAAAGUGGCUAAGUUGUGUUCGUUUCCUAUUCCAAUUGAACUGAUAGCAGUUGUAGCAGGGACUCUACUGUCUAAAUUUUUAUUUUUGGACACGGAAUACAGCAUUAAAACUGUGGGUGAUAUUCCACAAGGGUGAGUGUCGAGGAAUAUCUCGCAUUUUUAAACAGUUUUAUAAUGUUAAUAGCAAUAUACACAGACACGAAAUGAUGGACUUAUAAAAUACUUAGUCCUCAAUUUUUACGUGUAAGUCCU